GUUGUUGGACAGCCAUUGCAGUGUCGUGGCUCAGUAACAAAACACGAAGAAAAAAAAGGAGAGGAGGACCUGGACCUUUUUUUUUCUCUGGACCCGGGGGGAAGCCAAUUUACAUGAUUAGUAGAGCGACUCGGUAAAGUAAUCUACACCUAAAUAACGGGAUUCAACAGCUCCGGAUAUGGCUUUCAUAUUUGAUUGGAUUUAUAGCGGUUUCAAUAGUGUACUACAGUUUUUAGGACUGUACAAGAAAUCCGGCAAGUUAGUAUUUCUUGGCCUGGACAAUGCUGGCAAAACGACACUACUGCACAUGCUCAAAGAUGACAGAUUGGGACAGCAUGUGCCAACUUUACAUCCAACCUCGGAAGAGUUGACAAUUGCUGGCAUGACUUUCACCACCUUCGACCUUGGAGGCCACGCACAAGCCCGCAGAGUUUGGAAAAACUACCUCCCUGCCAUAAAUGGUAUUGUCUUCCUUGUGGAUUGUGCAGACCUCACCAGAUUGGGUGAAUCAAAAGCAGAACUUGAUGCAUUAAUGACAGACGAGACCAUUGGAAAUGUGCCUAUCCUGAUCCUGGGCAACAAGAUCGACAGACCAGAAGCCAUCAGUGAGGAGAAGCUGAGAGAACUUUUUGGAUUGUAUGGACAGACGACAGGCAAGGGCAACAUUCCCAUGAAGGAGCUGAACACGAGACCACUGGAGGUGUUCAUGUGCAGCGUGUUGAAGAGGCAGGGCUACGGCGAGGGCUUCCGCUGGCUCUCCCAGUACAUCGACUAAAGCGGCCAACCCCCGUAACACACCAACGACACCACCACCAUCAGGGGGGAGGGCGCUAAACCCAACCACUCAAGACGCCCACCGUUGCCACCAGUACCAUCAUACUCAGCCCCAUGUUUGGUUAAACAAGUUUGCCUCCACCUUCAGAGAAACCAGUACAACUUGAUCCCAAUAGACUUUUAUUGGUCGAACAUUUGGUUCCGCACUUACAACAUUCAUACCUGUAUGCGCGCACACACACAUAUAUACACACUCGUUUCCAUCUCUCUUUCUUUUUCUAAGAGAGUAACAUAGCAUUGGUUCCACAGCAAAGGGUGUUCAAAUUCAAACGGAUGAAUCUUUUCUAUAUUGUGUCUGUCGUUUGCUGCCCUCGCUCCCUCCCUUCCUGCCAUCUGUUGAGUGUGAUGAUAGAUGCAUUCUAACUGUAAAUCUGUACAUGAUUUCAUUGGUAAAUCAACUAUCCUUGAUGCCUCUCCCCCCUUCUUCAACCCAUUUUGAGCAAUGACAGAGCAACAUAGUUGUAUACAUUGGGGUACACUUUUUUAACAGUAGACAUUCAUUCAACAUUGUAUUUAAUCACCACCUUUUGGUUUGUCUUGUUUUUUGUUUUUUACAUGAUUUCAAAACGUACAAUGUGUGGCCACGUAUACAGCCCCCAUUAUAGACAUACGGCUGUUUCACCCAUUUAAUAAAACAUCGACCAGUGCAUUUAUCUUAGUGUAACAGAAAUUAGAUCCAUUUCUUUAGGCUACUUGGAAGUGAAAAUACUUUUGUUCCAGACUUCUAUCUCAUGGGCACACUAGCGCUGAGCGGAUCCAAGUAGUCUGUGGGCUCCCUUUUUUAAAGAGAAGCAUGGGGUGGUAGUACAGUAAAUGGGAAGAGAUUUUUAAUAGAGAAUAAUACUGGCUAUAACCCCAACAAAGUUUGUUGAAAUCGUGUAGAUAGCACAAUGGUCAGUUGCUGCAAAGAAAACUAUUUAAGUAAAUGAUAAUUUGGAAUAACUAGCUUGAAAAUAACACGCAGUGAAAGAUGUAGGGAGAAUGAGCAGAUGGUUGUAACAUCUAGUAUUCGCCAAUAUUAGGGGUCCAUCUACAAAUGUAUAUUCCAGCGCAGACCUUUUUACAGGGUGAAUCUAGUGACCAAGCGUAGAUAACGAAGGAAACAGUCCCACAAUGGGAAUAGGUAGAUAGGCCUAAGACACCUAUAAGAAAGGGACCAUAUAUAUAUGAAAUGUACAUGAACACCGUACAUGGAUUUUGUAUUUAUAGGUGGUAUCCUUUUAUCUAUGUGCAUUACCAGAAACUAUUAUGCAUGCCUUGUUCUUUUGAUUUUUAAUGACCAUUAUUCCAGAGAGUACAACAGGAGGUUAAAAAAAAAAAAAAAAAGAUGCCAAAAUUUACAAUGAGAGCUGAUUGUCAUGUUUUGUUCAGUUUUUUUUAGUUGUUUUUUUUUUUUUUAAAGGAAACAAUGGAAUUGCGCGUAAUACACACUUUUCUGUCCCUGUCCCUUUGUGUCUCUUUCAUUCCCUCAUGACAACGUGAUGAGCUGUUCCAACAAGGGUGGGACUUGCUGUUGUUUGCAUCAUUAAAAAAAUGUAAUAAAUGUU